AUGAAUGGAAAUUUUCUAAGUUUAGGAAAAAAAAAACAAAAUGUAGAGAACUUGAACAAAAUAAACUCCAUAAUAAACCAUAUGAAAUUCAUUGAUGAUAAUCUUAACAGAUUAUUUAAGUCGGAACAGGUUUUAAAUGACCAUGACUCGUUCUUGUUAUUUAGAGGAAAAGUGUCAAAAAGAAUUGUUCAUUAUUCAAAAUUAAUUUUGCAAUAUAAAAAUAAAAUACUUAGCUCGGAAAAACUUGAAGAUGAUAUUGAAGAAGAUGUUAAGCGACAAUAUGAAUAUCAUUUGAAAAAUUUAGACAACCAUAAGAGAGAACUGAGUAUCUGGUGGCAUAAAAAUGCAAAGGACUACCAUCGCUUAUGUAUAAGUAAUUUCUUGAACGCAAAAAAAAGUAACGGUAACGUGUUAGUAAGCGAAUCGAAUGAAACACACAUGACUGAUGUAAAUUUAAAAGACACAAAAAAGAUGAUGAUAGAUGAAAUUAACAGAAUGAAAAAUGUAAGAUCAGAGUUGCUAGAAUCUUCACAAAAAUUAAGAAAACAAGACGAAAUAUUCAACAUUUUCGAAAGCAAGUUAAAAUCCAGUGCUCAACUAAUAUUAUCUUUAAAACAAAAAGCUCAAAAUGACACAAGAUAUGUGUGGUAUUCUUUUUUUUUCUUUCUGAGUGUCUGUUUUUAUAUCAUCCUUCGCAGAUUGGGUUUCAUAAGAGCUGCCAUAACGCUCUUAUUUUCAACAUUAUUCUAUUUAUUAAAGUUAUCCUUCGGGGUAUUUCAUUUCUUUAAUAAGGGUAACACAGAUAAAGACAUAAACACGGAUGAUGCAGUUUCGAAGAGUUUAGUAAAGGUAUCCUAUAACAGCGAGUUAUAA